AUGUCCGCCAACCUCAAAGACCAGGCUGCUUGGGAAGCCAGUCCCCUCGCCUUCCUCUCCCGCCAAUUCAUCCAAAACGUCCCUAAAAUCCCCUCAACCGUCGACCUCACCGGCCAAACUGCCCUCAUCACCGGCUCAAACGUUGGUCUAGGCUUUGAGUGCGCAAGACAGCUCCUUGCCCUCAACCUCUCACACCUAAUCGUCGCCGUCCGAUCCCAGGCCAGGGGCGAUGCUGCAGCAAAGAAGCUUCAGGAUGAGUUCCCUCGCGCCAAGGUCGAAGUGUCCCUCGUCGACAUGUCUUCAUACAAGUCUAUUCAAGCCUUUGCCAAGAGAUGCGAGUCACUGCCUCGGCUCGAUAUUGCCAUCUUGAACGCUGGCUUGAGUCGACCUCGAUUCGAGAGGGCCGAAGAGACAAAGCAUGAGAUGACCUUUCAGAUCAACUACCUCUCCACUGCCCUCCUCGCCCUCCUUCUCAUACCAAUCCUUAAGGAGAAGCGUGGAACUUCUUCUCCCGGACGCCUGGCUCUUGUUGGUUCAGACAUGUCAUACUGGGCAAAGUGGGAAGAAACCGAAAAGACCGUCUUCAGCGUCCUCGACGACGCCUCCAAAUUCGAGAGCAUCACGGCCUAUAAACUGUCCAAGCUCUUCCUCCUCAUGUUUGUUGACAAGCUGGCCCGCCUCGUGCCCGCCUCGGAGGUCAUCAUCAACUUUCCCAACCCCGGAGCAUGCAGAGGAACCCAAUUUGGAGCUGAUGGUCGCUCCAGGCUUGCCGGCAUCAUGUUCAAGAUUGUUUCACACAUCAUUGCAAGGCCGACUUCUACUGGUGCUAGGCAGUAUGUGGAUGCUGUCACUGUCAAGGGCGUGGAGAGUCAUGGAGGGUUUGUGGGCGAAGGAAGAGUGAAGCCACUUGUCCCAAUGAUGUACGAGGAGGCUGGCAAGGCUCUUCAGGAGGCGGCUUGGGCUGAGACGAUGAACGAGUUGAGCUUUGCGAACCCCAAGAAGAUACUCGAAGGUAGCGGUUAG